CAUAAACUUUCCGCUUUGACGAAGGGAGAGACGGAAGAAGGGAAGGAAAGAUACGACUAUAUUUCGGGUUUAUAACAUCACAAACAUGGCUAUGAAAAGAAUAACAAAGGAGUUGCAAGACCUUGGUAGGGAUCCUCCUGCACAGUGCUCAGCUGGCCCAGUAGGGGAUGACCUUUUCCACUGGCAAGCCACAAUCAUGGGUCCACCUGAUAGUCCAUAUCAAGGGGGUGUAUUUUUCCUUACAAUUCAUUUUCCAACGGAUUACCCAUUUAAACCUCCAAAGGUCGCCUUUACAACAAGAAUAUACCACCCAAACAUCAACAGCAAUGGCAGUAUCUGUUUAGAUAUAUUGAGAUCACAAUGGUCUCCUGCAUUAACUAUUUCAAAAGUGCUACUCUCAAUAUGCUCUCUGUUAACGGACCCCAACCCAGAAGAUCCAUUGGUUCCUGAAAUAGCCAGAAUCUACAAAGCAGAUCGACAAAGGUACAUUCAGACAGCAAAGGACUGGACCACAAAAUAUGCUAUGUGACAGGAUUUUUACUUUAAAAGCUGUCAUAUUUUCAAGGAAGAAACUGACUGUACCAGGUUGGGUGUGAUAUCAAACAGGGGAGACAACUGGUCAGUGAGGGAUAUUGGUCAGGAUGGUGGUUUCCCCUUUCAUUACAAUGUCGCAUCAAGACUGACAAUAUAAACAUUUAGGAUGAAGCUUGAUGAACUAAUUUGGACAGCACUGUAUAUGGUUGGCCUUGGCCCGUAGUGACUACUCUCAGUCCAGUAAGGGAUUGCAUUCUAUAGCCUAUCAUAAAGUACAUUGUACUCUUUCCUUGGAAACAGUGUGGGCAAAAUUUGUGUUAAUCAAGGUAUUUCGUUAACUUGAAAAAAAAAACAAAUAUUCGUGUAUUAAAGCUUAUUGUGUACUGUAAAUAUUGAAGGCCAAGAAAGUUACUUAAACAUUGGCCAGAGACUGUUUUAGAGAGAAAACGAAAACACAUUGUUAGCCAUUUUUUCCCAUCCUUUGCUGCCCAAGCUUAAUAUCCUUUCCCUGAUUUUCUUGUAAUCUGCAUGCUGUACCUAAAAAUAGUUGGGAGGGUUUUCAAGAUAAACCUGGUCUUUCUACUUUUCUGAUACGUCCGACUGUCAAUGGGUUUGAGUUUCUGGCAUAUGCCAUAUCCUCAACUACAUUGGCUUCAAAUUGUAGCAGCCUGCUAUUUCACACACCAUACAGUGCUCAAUAUUCCUACAAAUAGGUUUCAAGUGCUUAUUUUUGAGAAGUGUGAUUUUUUUUCUCUCUGAAACUUUGUCUUUUAAAAAGAUUAUUCCAUGGUAGUUUUGUGCUUCAAAUGACAAUGUAAUAGGUAGCUUUCCCAUCAUCAUGUGAGGCUCUGGUUGGAUAUUAUUUGCAACAAUUUCCAAAUGCUAAACAUUUUAUUUCUACUCUUCUGUCAGUCCUAUUUUUAAAGUCACUGUUGUACAGGUUAUGUAGCAUACACAUUUUAAGUCUUUCCAUCUCUCCCAAUGACGAAAUUGUGCAUAGUUUGAAAAACAAUAUAAAUCGUCAUUAUUUCUACUCAUGGAUUA